AUGGGUAGGGCGCACCACUCCCGGGGCCGCUGCUGGCCCCCUGUGGGGGUAUUAGUGGUCUUUGCUGCUGGGCUCUGGGCUGGUGGCAUGGCCAGCGAGUAUGACUAUGUGAGCUUCCAGUCGGACAUCGGCUCCUACCAGAGCGGGCGGUUCUAUACCAAGCCCCCUCAGUGUGUGGACAUCCCAGUGGACCUGCGGCUAUGCCACAAUGUUGGUUACAAGAAGAUGGUAUUGCCCAACCUGCUGGAGCAUGAGACGAUGGCCGAGGUGAAGCAGCAGGCGAGCAGCUGGGUGCCCCUGCUCAACAAAAAUUGUCACAUCGGCACCCAGGUCUUCCUCUGCUCGCUCUUUGCCCCCGUCUGCCUGGACCGGCCCAUUUAUCCAUGCCGUUGGCUCUGCGAGGCUGUGCGGGACUCUUGUGAGCCCGUCAUGCAGUUCUUUGGCUUCUACUGGCCAGAGAUGCUAAAGUGUGACAAGUUCCCAGAGGGAGACGUCUGUAUUGCCAUGACCCCUCCAAACGCCACGGAGGCCUCCAAACCUCAAGGCACAGCUGUGUGUCCGCCCUGUGAUAACGAGAUGAAAUCAGAAGCCAUCAUAGAGCAUCUUUGUGCCAGUGAAUUUGCACUGAGGAUGAAAAUAAAAGAAGUGAAAAAAGAAAACGGAGACAAAAAGAUUAUCCCCAAGAAGAAGAAGCCGUUGAAGUUGGGACCCAUCAAGAAGAAGGAACUGAAGAAACUCAUCUUGUAUUUAAAGAAUGGGGCAGACUGCCCUUGUCACCAGCUGGAUAAUCUCAACAAUCAUUUCCUCAUCAUGGGGCGGAAAGUGAAGGCCCAAUACUUGCUGACGGCCAUCCAUAAGUGGGACAAGAAAAACAAAGAAUUCAAAAACUUCUUGAAGAAAAUGAAAAACCAUGAAUGUCCCACAUUUCAGUCAGUUUUUAAAUAA